AACCAGUGGGUCGUUGUCAGAGUGGACUGAGAACCGAGAGGAUUUACACACAACACACACCGAGAUCAGAGCCCACAGAAACACACUCUGAACCUGGAUUACAUUACCGACAUGGUGACGAUCAGACUCCCAGCAGCUCUCUUUGUGAUUUAUCUCCUCACACACUCUGCCUCAGGCUCCUAUCCCCGAGCACAGAAUGUCACUUGGAGAUCCACCAACUUCAAAACCAUUUUGACCUGGGAGCCCAAGCCUUCAGCGGAUUACUCCUACACCGUGGAGUUCUCUGCGAUUGGCAGGGACAAGGAGAGGAACCCUCACUGUAUCCGGUCCACAGCCACAAUGUGUGACCUGUCCGUGUCCCUCACUGAUCCGAAUGCCUGCUACACGGCGGACGUCCUCUCCACCCCCCUGCUGGGGGAGCUCACUGAGCUCACAGAGUUCCCCAACACCGCCUCGCCUCGCUUCUGCCCCUCCAAAGAUACUGAAAUAGGCAGACCUGACUUCAAGCUGAAGGUCAGCGAAGACAAAAAGAAUACCACUCUGUACGUGUCCGACCCAAUCACCGCCCUCUUCAAAGAUGGCCACCAGCAGACCAUCAGGGACAUCUUCUCCGAACAGCUGCAGUAUAAAGUCACCUACUGGAGAAAUAAGAGCAGUGGCAAGAAAGUGUUAUACUCUAAUAGCAAUGAGAUAGAGGUGAAGGAUCUGGACCGAGGGGAGAGCUACUGCUUCAACGUUCAGGCCUACAUCCCCAGCAGAGACACGGACAAACAGCUGGGGGAGAUGAGCCAGACGCAGUGCUCUAAGGACGACAACGAGUCCAUCUUCGAAGUGUAUUCAAUCGGUGUGAUCGCUGCGGCCAUCUUCCUCAUCCUGCUGCUGAUCGGCUUCAUCAUCGCCAUCACUGUGGUCUGCAUCAAGCGUAGGAAGAACGCUCUGCAGAAGGAGAAAGAAGAAGUGCCUCUCAACCGUGUAUAGAGACACACACACACACACACACACACACAUAUACACUGUGGGAACAUGCGGUACAACUACACUGCUCUUGUGAGGAGGGCAGAUGUAAUCCAGAUUUCGUGUCAAACACUGGAAUCUAUCCUUUAGUUUCUAUGAAACUGCUUCUGAAUAUGUUGGACAUAUUUGAUUUCUUUUUCACUUUAUGCUGCCGAAAAAGAGACUUUAGAAACACUGUUUCAACACCUACUACUGUACACUCGUCGUCCUGCUGAACUGUAAUAUUUCAUUCCUGGUUUUUAUAUCUGGUACUGCUGACUGUAGAUAAACACUACCAACUGAUUUUAUUUAUUUCAUUUUAAGUGUAUUUUCCAACUUGAAACUUUUGGGAGACUUUAUGGGAAAUCAAUCUAGAUUAUAUUAUUUUUGUAUCUGAUGCUUAAUUUAUUUUAACUGUGAUUAACAUAUGUGUACAUGAUGUGAUUUUUAGCUGUUUUAUACUUCAGAUUGUUGAGGAUUAUUUUAUAUUGUGGUGAAAUGUUGGAAAUCUAAUAAAUAUUUUGCAGAAA